AUGGUCGCAGAGUUGCUGGCACCGCCUAGAUCUCCGCUGGGCAAGCCAAUGCAGCCACCAGGACGGCCGACAAAACGCUUGCGUCCACUGCCCUCAGCAGCGGAAAUGCCGUCAUCGUUGAAGGCAUUGCUUCUUACAGCUCUGCCGGACAAGCAGCAGUUCAUUGACGAGUGGCUGGCCGCGCUGGCCCAUCCCAAUGUGUGCAUCAAUGAAGUGGCAGACGUGCAGCGCCUCGAUCAAGAGGACAUUGCUGUGCUGCCGGUGCCUCCCCUGGUGAAAGGGGUGUUCCGAGACAUCCUGGCUUGCGAGGCAGAGAAGCAUCGUGAGCAUACAGAAGUGUUGAAGGACACCCUGGCACGGAGUGAGGAGUUUCUGGCACCACUCCGCGAUCGCAACAUGCAGCCGCCUCUGGCAGAGUCCAAGUAUUUUCAGGACCAGAAGAACUACAGACUCAUCCUCAAGAGAGAGGAGAUCGAGGCUGGUGUGCGGAUUGCGGCGAGGCGGAUUGAGACAUGGUGCAAAGGGGAACGUAUCGUUCUUGUGGCGAUCCUGAAAGGUGCCUUCAUGUUCCUCUCUGAUCUGUGCAAGAACCUGAUCCGGCCGUACUCGGUGUACUUCAUUGAGGCUUCCUCGUACAAGGAGAAGCGCUCGCAGUCAGGCUCUGUCGAAAUCAGCGGGCCAGAUGUUGCGAGCUCCAAGUUCUGCGAUACGACAACCAAAGCACCGCACAAGGUUGUACUCAUCGAUGAGCUGCUGGACAACGGUAAAACAAUGCAGGAAAUGAAGCAGUUCUUCCUUUCAAGAUUAUCAGCCACUCAUACUGAAAAUGAUGUCUUGACGGUGUGCCUCUUUAGCAAAGAACGCCAACGCGAGUGGCCAGAGGCGGACAUCAUUGGUGUCAGGAAUCUGCCCGAUCUUUGGCUGGUUGGGUAUGGUUUGGACGAUCGCGGAACAAAGCGCGGCUGGACGGAGCUCUUUGCCAUACCAAAGGUCAAGAUCAUUGAUACUUUUGAUGUGGACGAGGUACAGCGGCUGCUUGGACACCUAGAUGAGAACGCAAGUCUGACGGGCCAGAUGGUCUUCGCAGGCUUUGAGCUCACAUACUCGAACAAGCAGAGGUAUAGAGUUCAUGGAUUGGACUUUCAGGGGCCACUGCGGCUGAAAGGAGCGAAGGCGUCCCAGGCCAAAGCUGUCACGAAAAAGGACAUUCGAACGAUCCUGGAUUCAAUCCCACGGGUUAAAGGCAAGUUCGAGCACGAGCUCCAAUUUUCCUUCAUCCAGGAGAAUGUUGCUCUGGUCCCAGAGGAUGACAUCUUUGCUGGGAACAACCAGAUUUUUGCGGAGAUGCGCUGCCGGCUGCGAAGGCAAAUCCAAGCUGCGGCGGAACGUUUUGGCGUGAGGGGCCUGUAA